CUUUGCCUGCAGUUAUUUUUAGAUUUCACAGUUAAAGCUUGUCCCUUCUGGACGCUUACACGCACAGGACAGCACACACACAUGCUGUAGAUACAACUCAGAUACAGGAGCGAGCCAACUCCUGGGAUCAUCUUGUCCCACAUCAAGCAACAAAUUUCAAUUUCUGAUGACAAAAUACUAUCCCUUAAGAGGAUGCAAAACCACAUGGAGUUUUCUGGCUUGCAAGUUUGACUAGAAGGCUUUCAACAGACAGAAAAAACGGUUUGCACGGCAACUUCCUCUUUUCUGAAAUUUCCUUCUGGUUUGCAAGAUCCUGCUGUCUUUCAGCAUUUGCUGUCAGCCUGAUUCCCAUGCCGACCGCCAUCAAUGCAGUGGUGGCUCAGCAAACGGCUGCUGGGUCAGUCCCCAGCACCGCUGCUGGCACUACGGAGGGGGCAGGAGGGGGCACAGGGGGAAUUUAUUCUGCCAUUAUAAGUCGCAAUCAGCCCAUUAUCCAUGUAAAGGAGAAGACCUAUGAAGAGCUUCAUAAGAAGUGCCUGGAGAAAAACAUUCUCUAUGAAGAUCCUGAUUUCCCACCAAAUGAGUCGUCCCUUUUCUACAGCCAGAAAAGCCCCGUCAAGUUCGAAUGGAAAAGACCACGUGAAAUCUGUGAGAAUCCACGGUUUAUUAUUGGUGGAGCCAAUAGAACAGAUAUCUGCCAAGGAGAAUUAGGUAACUGCUGGUUUCUGGCUGCCAUUGCUUGCCUGACACUGAAUAAAAAACUACUCUGUAGAGUCAUACCUCACGACCAGUCCUUUAUACAAAACUAUGCUGGCAUCUUUCACUUCCAGUUCUGGCGCUAUGGAAACUGGGUGGAUGUCGUCAUCGAUGACUGCUUACCCACCUACAACAACCAGCUGGUCUUUACCAAGUCCUCCCAGCGCAACGAGUUCUGGAGCGCCCUCCUGGAGAAGGCCUAUGCAAAACUCCAUGGGUCAUAUGAAGCUUUGAAGGGAGGCAACACCACUGAAGCCAUGGAGGACUUCACUGGAGGAGUCACAGAGUUCUAUGAGAUAAAGGAUGCACCUAAAGAUAUCUAUAAAAUCAUGAAACAUGCUAUUGACAGAGGAUCGCUCAUGGCCAGUUCCAUUGAUGAUGACCUAGGGUUUUCGUAUGGAUCAGCUCCUCGGAGCAACAUUGGGGAACUGAUUGCUCGCAUGGUGAAGAAUCAAGAAAACGCCCAGAUGACUCAGUCCUCUGUAGACUACCAGGGCAUGGAGGAGAGGCCAGCCUGGACCAUAGUGCCGAUGCAGUACGAGACACGGAUGUCCUGCGGGCUGGUCAAGGGGCACGCCUACUCCGUGACGGCCGUGGAAGAGACAGUAUUUAAAGGUGAAAAAAUACGUCUGGUAAGGCUGAGAAACCCCUGGGGACAGGUGGAAUGGAAUGGAGCCUGGAGUGACAAGUCAGAGGAGUGGGACUCUGUUAAUGAAGCGGAGAAAAUCCGCCUGCAGCACAAGGUCGUGGAGGAUGGGGAGUUCUGGAUAUCGUUUCAAGAUUUCAUGAGGCACUUCACAAAGCUUGAGAUCUGUAACCUCACACCUGAUACUCUGGAAGUGGAUAAAUUCCAGACCUGGACUGUGUCAGUCAAUGAAGGACGCUGGGUGAGAGGCUGCUCAGCUGGAGGUUGCCGCAAUUUUCCAGAUACAUUUUGGACCAAUCCCCAGUAUCGCCUGAAGCUCCUGGAGGAAGAUGAUGAUCCUGAGGAUGAAGAGGUUAUCUGCAGCUUCCUUGUUGCACUGAUGCAGAAAAACAGGAGGAAAGAGCGCAAGCUGGGAGCCAACCUGUACACCAUUGGCUUUGCCAUCUAUGAGGUGCCCAAAGAGAUGCAUGGUACUAAGCACCACUUGCAGAAGGAUUUUUUCCUCUACAAUGCCUCCAAAGCUAGAAGUAAGACCUACAUAAACAUGCGAGAAAUCUCUGAGCGCUUCCGGUUACCUCCCAGCGAGUACGUCAUCAUCCCAUCAACAUAUGACCCCCACCAGGAGGGAGAAUUCAUCCUCAGGGUCUUCUCAGAGAAAAGAAGUCUUUCAGAGGAGGUUGAAAAUAUGAUUGAGGCAGAACAUCCAUUGAAGAAAAAGGGCAAGCCUAUCAUCUUCGUUUCUGACAGAGCAAACAGCAAUAAGGAGCUGACAACAGAUGAAAAUGCUGGCAAAGAUGGUGAAAAAACCCAAACAGAUGAGAAAAAGCAUUCUUCAACAAAAGCUCAUGAGGAGAGUGAAGAGCAAAAACAGUUCAGGAAUAUUUUCCGACAGAUUGCAGGGGAUGACAUGGAGAUCAAUGCUGAGGAACUUAGGAAUGUUCUCAAUAAUGUCGUAAAAAAACAUAAGGACCUAAGGUCAGAAGGGUUUGAAUUGGAAUCCUGCCGCAGCAUGAUUGCUCUAAUGGAUACAGAUGGCUCAGGGAAGAUAAACUUUGAUGAAUUUCGACAUCUCUGGGACAAGAUUAAAAGCUGGCAGAAAAUUUUCAAGCGUUAUGACACGGAUCAUUCAGGAACCAUUAACAGCUACGAGAUGCGCAAUGCAGUCAAUGAUGCAGGGUUUCGGCUGAACAACCAGCUCUACGACAUCAUCACCAUGCGCUACGCCGACAAGAACAUGAACAUCGACUUCGACAGCUUCAUCUGCUGCUUCGUGCGCCUGGACGCCAUGUUCCGGGCAUUCCACGCGUUUGACAAAGAUGGAGAUGGCAUCAUUAAGCUCAAUGUCCUGGAGUGGCUGCAGCUCACCCUGUACGCCUAACACCGGAGCCAGCGGCCACCUCCAUCAAGAACACACUGAAGAUUCCAAGGAGCUAACACCAUUCAUCCCAAGGACAAACAGGAGCAAUUCCUAAUUAUGUCAUUCAGUCCCCAAGAUGAACAGCACAUGGGAAGAAACACUUGGAUAAAGAGACAACCAUACUCUAGUGGACAGCACAGUACAUAUAUUUCAUAACUACUUUUAUAGCAUCCUGACAUUUUUCCAUUGGGCAACAAGGAUUAAUUUAUUGAUGACUGAAUUAAGCUGCCUCUGCACGGUGAAGACAUGGAAAAUAUAAAAUUGUUCUGCUUGUGCUGACAAUUAGAAAGGUCUUCCCUCAAGUCAGGUGAAACUGGGACUGUAUCUAACUGUGAAAGUCAGAGGUGUUUACUGCCACCUUGUAAUUGUCAUUAAUUCUUUGUCCUGCUCUUGGUAUUGUCCUUUCAUCUCUUUACAAUGUUGACUGAAUAUUUCACAUGAGAUUGUGCUAAUUACAUUAAUAUUAUGCAACCAAAUGACUCAGUUACAGAUUUGGCUGUGCAGGUUGGAUCUCUGCUAUGUAGAAAUAGGAGAGUAGUGCAGGACAGUAUGCAAUACCAGAGUACAGCUCGAUCUAAUGCCUCAGAAGUACCAGAACAGAGCAAUUGGCUCUCAUUUUUAGUACCCAUCCUGAUUACAAAUGUGGACAUUGUGUUUUUCAUUGUAACUGCAUUCCCCAUAAUAUUGAGAAACUUAUUUGCCAUUUGAGGCAGACAACCUCUUAUACAAACAAAUUUAUAUACCUACACACAUACAUAUCCCCCACCCCAGGUCCUAGUUCUCAACACUAGCGUGCACUUCUUUAUUGCAAGAGGUGACUUGUAGCAGAAUCUAUGUCAGCAUGACCACUUUGGGAAUAUUAUUCCAAUGGGCAAGUACAAUUAGUUUAAUGGAACCAAAAAUAAAAUCAACCGGAUUUUGGCUUA